AUGAGAGCGGGCAACUCUGGGGGAGGCACCUUGUGGACUUCUGAGCCUGAUCGACACAUUGAGCACCCUAUCAUGGCAACUUUCAACCUCACCCCCUCUAACCCUUCAACAUUCAGCCUAUCGGGGAUCCUUGGCUUGGAAGCUGCCCACAUCUGGAUUUCCAUUCCUGUCUCUAUGUCCUACAUUAUCAGCCUGUUGGGAAAUGCCACGCUUCUGUUUAUUGUAGGCAAGGAACAGACCCUGCACAAGCCGAUGUACCUGCUGCUCUGCAUGUUAGCGCUCACAGACAUCGCCACAUUUUCUUUUACGCAGUCAGCUGUCCUCGUGACAAUGGCCUUCGAUCGCUACGUUGCCAUAUGUAACCCUCUGAGAUACACCACCAUCCUCACCAACGCACGAGUGGCUACGUUAGGACUUGUAGGUUUGAUACGGUCUGCUCUCUUCAUCCUGCCUCUGCCCCUGAUCUUGAGUAGGUUGCCAUUCUGUGCCAACCGCAUUAUCCACCAAACGCACUGCGAGCACAUGGCUGUGGCGAAGAUAUCGUGUGGGAACAUCACAGUUAGCAGGAUGUACAGCUUGGCUAUAGCAUUUGUAGUCAGCGGGAUAGACCUGAUGCUCAUUGCCAUCUCCUAUGGUCUGAUCAUCAGGGCCAUCCUAAAAAUGUCCUCAAAGAAAUCCCACCAGAAAGCCCUCAACACCUGCACAGCCCACAUCUGUGUGAUGCUAACAACUUAUAGUCCUGGCCUGUUCACCAGCCUGACAUACCGGUUUGGUCAGGGCAUCUGUCUCCAGAUCUAUCUGUCUAUUAUCUACCCCUCCAUCCUGGUUAUUGACAAGGUAUCAGAGUCUAUGGAGAUCUAG